UUUCCUCCUCGCGAGGAGGUUGCAACAUCACAUCCAAAAGCUGCGCGUCCACAACCGCAGUCGCCUUUUUACGCACCAGCAGGCUCGGAGGAGAGAACGAGAGAACGCGUCCGCUCUUGCCCCCUACAUUUUUUUUUUUUUUUUUUUUUAAAGUCCUUGCUUGUCCUUUUUCACCUAUUUGGACUACUUAACACUGCUAUUGGAGCUAUAUUCGCCACACGCAAGCGUUUGGGAAUAAUAGACGUGUUGCGCAACGACGAGAUGACAUUUUUACCCUGAGAGCACCUUGUGCUAAAUGCUGCUUUAGAGUGACGACGUGCCAGGCACCAGCCUACACAUGGAGUCCAGGGUUCCUCACCACAUCCCCGGAGUGUCCUCCUCCAUCAUAGCCCAGCCUUUGCUGGACAGCAGAGUGCCCUACGGCCACCUGCAGCACCCCCCCACCAUAUACCCCAUCGAUCAAAUCAAGUCCUCGCACGUGGAGAACGACUACAUCGACAGCCCCGCCGUAGUCUCCCAGCAGCCGCCGAGCCAGAAGGCAGCGAGCAGGCGGCUCAACUGGGCGGGUCCCAACCAAGACGGUUUCGUGGGGGCCAACCACAACAACCAUCACAAUCACCAACACCAUCACCAGAGCCGGUGCGAGCCUCACCAUGACACCACCACACACCCGUGGAUCUCCUUCAGCGGGAGGCCUAGCUCAAUAAGCAGCAGUAGCAGCACGUCGUCGGACCAGAGGCUGCUGGAUCACGCUGCGCCUACCCCCACCGUGGACCACCACCCUAACCUGCACCCCCACCAGGGUCUCGUCAACACAAUCACCACCCGAACUCCGGGCUGCUUGGUUUCCUCGGAACCCAAAGUCCUCACCGCCUCUUCUUCCGCUUCCUCCUGCAACUCCUCCUCUAAAUCGCUGGACUUCAAGGCUGGGAAACUGCCCACGGGGGGCCAACAGCGGUUGGCACCGAUCCUGUCCUCCGUGGCCGAGAAGAAGCACCUCCUCCUCUGCGAACACUGUGGCAAGUGCCGAUGCACCGAGUGCACCCUUCCCCGGACCCUGCCCGCCUGCUGGGUCUGCAACCAGGAAUGCCUGUGCUCCGCUCAGAGCCUGGUGGACGCGGCCACCUGCAUGUGCCUGGUCAAGGGGAUCUUCUACCACUGCACCGAGGAUGAGGACGACGAGGGCUCCUGCGCCGACAAGCCGUGCUCAUGCUCGCAGGCCAACUGCUGCGCGCGCUGGUCCUUCAUGGCCGCCCUCUCCAUCCUUCUGCCUUGUCUGGUGUGUUACUUGCCGGCCACAGGCCUGGCCAAACUGGGACAGAAGUGCUACGACAAUGUCAGCAGGCCCGGCUGCCGCUGCAAGAACUUGCAGGGCGGUGUCCCAGCAUGUAAAAAUGGAGCUGUGGAAGCGAAAGCGGGAACACUUGAGAAGCAGCAGCAGGGGUCAUGAUACCGGGACAGUCUGUCUAGCAUUGGCCUUGCUUAAAAACAAACUGGACAGCAGCACAGUACUUGUUCAAUCUGUAGGGACCCCUUAACCAAUCCCAUUAAUCUGCUGGAAGAUGACUUGUGUAAAACAAAAGGUACUUAAAUAGCUGCUUGACCUGUGUUUUGAAAGGCUGGAAAAUCAAAGUGUUGGCUGGUAGGAAGCUCUUGGGUGAGACGCCACCACCCUAGGACCGCAGUUUGGGUUGGUUUGCGAGGAUGAUCGGAGGCACAUUGUACCCUCAGCUAAUUUUUUUAAACUAACCAUAAGCUGACCGUGCGAUAAUAUAUAUAGAAGUUAGACUAUGGAGAUAAAUAUCUACAGUAUAUACCCCUGCCCUCAAAAGCACAGCCCAGUGUCCAGCUUUGAACACCUACAGUUGAAAUAUGCUAGCUUGGUAAUGCUAGUAUUUCAUUUAUCAUCACAUAUUUUCAUUGAAAAAUUCCCCUUAAUGUCUCAACAAGCAAGAUAGUCAAAAUUUUUCAGAAAGUGAGGCUGAGACCAUCUAACUUGAGCCUGAUGGCUGAUCCUGAAUCAGUUUAGAGGUGGCCAAUGGUUACCCGGCAAUAUGUCGUAGACCCAAACCUUCUCAGGGACUGUCCUCAAAAGAUCCAUAACAUGUGCUGCAUUCGAGACUUCCUGGUAAAUUGGAAAUAUGCUAUUAGGAGCGUAGACCUCAAAACGCUUCAAGAAAAGAACAAAAAAAAAACUACGAUAAAGUAGUACCAACCGAAUUAAGCGCAGAACAAGUUAUGACAGAUUGUUUGAUACCAAAUUGUUACACACAGUAUCUGUGAAGUUGAUUUCAAGGUUGGAACCCUUGACUUUUAGAGGCGUUCUGAUGCACUUUUACAAGUCGUGGGUCCGAAAUCUCCCACUUCACAGUUUUUUCAAAUGGAGCGUAUGGGUUCCUAAACUAAGAUCUACUUCCUGUUCGCACAAAAAAAGGUGCAAAAGAAAGAAUUAGAGGGCAAAAAGGCGAUAGCUAAUAAUCGUGAAGCUAAGAAAAACAAUAUCCAGAAAUGUGUUUUCCAUGGGAAGGGGGUGGGGUUGAAGGCAUAGUGAUUGGUCAAAAUCAAACCUGCCACUUGCACAACCUUUUUUUUUUUUUUUAGGUCAAAGCUAACCCCUUAAAGAACACACUAAAGCACACUAUGAACCACCUCAGCUGUUCCGAGGUAUGUGCGCUACUUUUAGCGCGGCCCAAGCAUCUUCAUUGUCGUUAGUACUGCAUAGCAUUCUCUUUUAAAGUCUAUUUUUGUGGCUUGCAUGAGGAUUUUUUUUUUCUUUUUGCCAAAGGAAGCGGACAUACGGUAGCAUGUCAUCGCUGUCCGAGGUGAUCACUGCAGUGGUUAUGCACCAACUGGGAUGGGAGGAUGAUGACACCCGUUUCCCCCCAAAAAAAUGUGUUUGGGGGGGGGGGGGGGGAGCAUGCUGCCCUAUACGACUGAAGACAUUUUGUGUUUUUUAGCAGAAAGGGAUUCUUGGUCUUUGUACCUUUACUUUCACGGUAGACCGCUAAACUCACAAUUGUCUUGUUGCACAAAGCUGAUUACACACUGUCCAUCGAAUGUAUGUGGCAAUAUUUAAAAAAAAUAAAUAAAAAAUGAAAAAAAAGAAUUCUGCUUAGAAAAAGGUGCCAAAAUCAGAGAAGAAGAGUGGCAGAGCUCGUAGAUGAAAAAUCACAGACGAUAUAUUUAGUAAUAGAAGCUAUGCAGAUGAACAACUUAUUUGCUGUAAAUAGUUUCACGAUGUUUGUGUUCUUUAGAGAAGACUUAAAUGUCCUUGAAAGGUUGCAUGGUACACUAUAACUUCGACUCAGUACAAAAUACAUAGAGAAUAUAUUAGAUAUAUAUUUUGAUGGUAAGGAAGGAAAAAAGGCAGUUUUUGAGGCUUUGUGUAAGAAGAAGCACUUGAAUAAGGUAAAAAUGUGCCCUGCAAUAAAAUAAAAUAAAACAAAAAUUGGGAAAAACUCCUGCUGUUGAUGCCCCGUGUGGCACAUUAGCAGACGAAGGCUAAGCUAACUCCCUCGCCUGUGGAUUUGUGGAGUGCACAGAAGGGAACACAAUCCACCCGUGUCUGGAUCGAACCAUUUCCUGCUGCUUCACCCUCUUUUCAGUCUUGAUUGACAAACACAGCUGCUGUGCAUGCAUUUGUGCCACAGCUCAAGGUUGUGUUACUGCCGCCUGUUUCGCCUGUCUUUCCCAACAUUCUGCCUUUUUAAAGCUGCCUCGCUUUUACAUUAGACAUUUUACAUAAAUCCUUAAAAUGAUAAUACUAUUAUUGUGGGGGGUUUGUCGGAUGCUGCACCGCCAUCACCUCUCCACCUGUGUCGCUCACUUUAGGGCCAAUGAUACCAAUUAUUCCUUUGUAAAGGCAAUGUUUGGGGGAAGUGAAUAAAUCUGUGCUUUUUUUUGUUUUGUUUGGAUAUAACAGAAAGGAGGACAAAAGCUCUCAUAUAAAAGUUUUCCCUUUAUAGAUAUAUUUAUUUUGAAGUUCUAUUUUAUAUAGUAUUUAUUUAGAUGCCAACUUUCUGUUUGUGAAGAAAGCUUAUGUUGAAAUGGAAUGUAAAACUACAUUGACAAUGGAAAUAUAUAUUGUUAAAUACA